AUGUAUCACAAAUCCACCCUCUCUUUCCCCUACAACAUAAAGUCCUCCGUUUCCUGGACGAUAGCAUAAUAGAACGGGAACGGGAAAAUGUAUCACAUCCUGGCACCAGGUAUCUCUGCCCUACUUGUUGGUACAGCAAUUGUAUCUACAUAUAUCAAUUACGUUGUUCCAGAGCCAUACCUCGUUCGUACCCCCCCCCCCCGCUCUCUCGUUCUCAAUAUCGGACUACCGAAAAAGAAUAGAAGAGACUAAUUCGCAACGAACAACGCACAGGACGAAGCCUUCCAUAUCCCCCAAGCACAGGCCUACUGCCGCAACGCCUUCAAGACUUGGGAUCCAAAACUAACCACCCCGGCAGGCCUCUACAUAACAACCUACCCACUCUCCUACGUCGCAGAAUGCACCCCUGCGCUCCUCCGUUCUGUGAACGCGUGGGGCAUCGCGGUCCUCAUCCCCAUACUCGUCUACAAUAUCCUGGGCUACAUACACCCUCGCAAGCAGCGGUCGGAAGCCGUUCAUGAGGCUAUUAACGUCGCGUUGUUCCCACUCCUGUGGUUUUUUUCAGGAUUGUUUUACACAGACGUUUAUUCUACGGUUUGGGUGCUUUGGAGUUACCUUGCGUGGCUGAGGGGCUGCGUGGGUUACAGCUCUGUCACGGCUUGGUGGGCGCUAUGGUUUCGGCAGACGAAUGUACUGUGGACAGGGUUUUUUAUUGUGUUGGAGGUUGGGAGACGGAUUAAGAGUGUGCACGAAAAGCUUGUGGAUGGUGAGGGGAAAGCGGUGACUGGGAAGACGGUUGCGGCCAGUAGUCGGAAGACUACGGGGAAAAAAAAGAAGGGGAAGAAGAGGAGGGGGAGAGUCGAGAUGGAGGAGAAGAAGGUGGGGGAGGUCCCUGAGGCUAGUCUUGAGGCGGAGGUGGAGGAUGGGCCGUGGACAAUCGAUAUCAAGAGUAACGGGAAUGUGAAGGGGAGAGGUGUCAAGAAUGACGGGUAUUGGAGGAAGCUUUUGGAAGUGAUGAGGAAGGUUGAACCUUGGAAUCCGGUCUUUAACGAAGAAGUCACUGCUCAAGGUAUCCCUCCAUCCAUGAAUGCCCCAUUUCUCCCGGCUAACUCACCGCCCAGACUUCUUCUUCCGAACCCCGAUAACCCACCUGUUGUCCAUAAUCCCCAACACCCCAGCUGUAAUCUUCCCCACCUUCCCAUACCUCCUGGUUAUUAUCUCCUUUGCUGCCUUCAUUAUCUGGAACGACUUUUCCAUAGUCCUCGGCGACAAAUCUGCCCAUCAACCAACCCUCCACCUCCCACAAAUCUUCUAUUUCACCCUCUUCACCACCAUGGCAUCCCUUCCACUCCUCCUCUCCCCGAAUCUCCUCUACCACUUUUACGACCAGAACAUCGGGAUAUACAUCACCACCCCGCCAUCCUCCUCCCGCGCGCGCAAAACCCCCAAACUAACCAUCCCCCACACAAAACUCCUCCGCACAAUUACUCUGCUUACCAUAAUCCUCGCAAUAAUUUGGAGAAACACAUAUUUCCAUCCCUAUCUCCUCGCCGACAACCGGCACUACGUCUUCUACAUCUUCCGUCGAACACUCCUCGCUCACCCGCUCAUCCGCUACCUUGCCGCGCCAGUAUACUUCGCAAGCACCUGGACAGUCCUGCACACGCUCAGGACCAGUCGCAGUGUGAACGUGUUAUGGGUAUACGCCUGGGCGAUGGCGGUCGCUGGCACAUUGGUGACGGCGGGAUUAGUAGAGUUCAGGUAUUUCGUGCUCGGGUGGGUGAUCUGGAGGGUUAACAUUCACGUCGAGUGUGCGUGGAGGAGGUGGGCCGAGACUGUCGGGUUUGUUUUCGUGAAUUUGGCGACAGUGUAUGUGUUUACGCAGUGGGGGUUUGAGUGGAAGCAGGAGAGGGGGGUUGUUCAGAGGUUUAUGUGGUAGCUUGUGGGGUGUGUCUGGGGGGAGUCCCGGCAUCCGUUUGAGACCUGGCGUCACUCGAAUUUGAUCUUUGGUUUCUGAUUUUUUCUAAGUUAGCUAGCUAGCUAUAUAGCUAAGAGGAGAGGGGGGGGAAGAUUGAAUAUACCCAGUGGGCUACCUAGCUGCUUGAAGAGAUGCCUAGGAAUGUUCGCGAACGCUUUCCCUUAUAGGUGCAGUACUAGUAGAAGGCCUGGGCUUAUGAAAUCAAACAACUGGCUAGGAACAUGAAAUGUGGAGAUUAUUUCCUCAAGAAUACACAAGUCACACAAGGCGGGAAUCAUAUUACUAGGUGUUAUUUUUGAGUUAAGUAAUAGCUGAUGGGAUGGGAUAUAUCACACGCAAGUGAUUAUAUCCACAAGACUUUA